AUGCACUUUCCUUCUCUCCGACCUCUAAAAAUAACCAAUUCGCAUGGCUUUGCCGAAGUGCCCAUAGAAGUGGAAGAGGAGGACCAGGAGCCAAAUUUUGAUAUACCGCAGUCCCGUGAGGAGAAGCCAGCGGCUUACCCGAAUGGGCCAAUUUGCAUCUACGAAUCAGGGGUGUUUUUGUAUUUUGAACCCACUGCAGAGCAAGCGUUGAAUUACGACGUAAUUUUCAAUGUCGCUAGCGAAGUCAAGAAUCCCUUCGCUACAACUGCUCAUCCUACAGCAUCAGUAGCGAACCCAGCUCUGAAAGCUCCGGAAUACAUUCACAUCCCGUGGGAACACAACACUGACAUCGUUCCUGAUCUCUACAGACUGGUUCAAGUUAUCGACGACCGUGUCCAGCAAGGCAAGCGGGUCCUUGUCCACUGUCAGUGUGGUGUCAGCCGUUCAGCUAGUCUCAUCGUCGCCUACGGGCUGUACAAAAACCCAGGCAUCAGCGUCCAAGAGGCUUAUGAUGCUGUCAAAAAGCGGAGUAGAUGGAUAGGUCCGAACAUGAACUUGAUCAUGCAGUUACAAGAGUUUAGGAACGGACUCUUACGA